GUGGUGUGCAUCUUCAAAGCAGGUGACGCAGCCCCGCUAAACAGAGCCUCAUCGCUCAAGGAAAUAAAAGGGGAAAAGGAGGUGCAUCAUGGCGGACAAGCAGCAGCUGAUCGACAUGGGCUUUGCGCCAGAGCGCGUCGACUGGGCUCUGCGUGCGACACGCGGUAAGGGGAUUCAAGAGGCGAUGGACCACCUUGUCGAGCACAGCGAGGAGCCCGUGCCACCUGCCGAAGAGCAGGCGCAAGGCGCCGACGCCGCAGGCGAGGAUGAGGGACUGGCACGGAUCGGCGAUACGGCGAAUUCGAUCAAAUGCACCGAGUGCGGCAAGCAAUUCCGGAACCAAGCCUAUGCCCAGUUCCACGCCGAAAAGAGCGGGCACACCGAUUUCGAAGAGAGCACCGAGGAGAUCAAGCCGUUGACUGAGGAGGAGAGAAAGGCGAGACUAGAUGAAAUGCGAAGCAAAUUGGCAGAAAAGCGGGCAAAGCAGGCAUUACUUGACAAGGAAGAAGCACGCGCGAAUGAGUUGAUCCGCCGCAAAGCGGGCAAAGAGACGUUGGACGCACGCGAGGAGCUGAAGCGCAAGGAGGCAGAGAAGGAUGCAGCGCGCAAACUGCAGGAGAAAAUGGCGGACAUUGCGGCGAAGGAGCGCGUGCGCGCGCAGAUCGAGGCGGAUAAGCACGAGCGCGCCGAGAAGGUACGGCUCGAGAAGCUUAAGCGCGAAGGCAAGCUGGAUGAGACGGCACCUGUAUCAGCUUUAGCAGCAGCACCAUCCGUGCCGCGGGCUAGCGGAGCAGGUGCGAAUGCAAAGGAGAGCAGGCUGCGCGUCCGGCUCAACACAGGAGAGAUGUGGAGCGGGAGCUUGGACGCGGACAGCGGCACUCUGAGGGACGUGGAGCAGAAGGUGAUCGCAGAUGGCAAGAGCCAAGGGCCGAAGCUCGAGCUCUCGACGACGUUCCCGCGCAGGAUCUUCACGGAGGAGGAAAAGGGCAGGACGCUGCGCGAGCUGGGACUGGUGCCAAAUGCGGCGUUGGAGGCAAGUGCGACACAGUAGAUUUGGAAAGGGGGCAGGCCAAGAGGAUGCAUGUAUUUCGGGGCAGAGAAUGCGGCCAUUUCAGCACGGAGCAUGGAGCUGUCACCCGUUCUGCCGUGCUUGCAUUGGGUGCUGAGGCCGCAGAUGAUAGUAUGACCCAGUAAGCGACCAAGUCGGUGGCUAUGUGUAAACUAG